UGAAGAUCAAGCUCUUCCCGUCACGCGAAAGAACACCGCCUGUCGUGAUAAAUGAAUUCCUUGACGGAGCGGCCGGAAGAGGAGGACGAGGAGAAAUGAAUGUAGUUCGAGCGGAGACGAAAAAAGAGGCGUAUAUGCUCAUGAGCGCCCGAGAGCCUCAUGGAAUUGUGUCGGUUAGCUUUAGCCCCGUUGUGUCGUUGCUUGUGGUUUGACCGUACGGAUACAGACGGUAAAUCUGCUACUAAGGGAAGUUCUAGAUGAUUACCAAUAGGAAUUCAAAUCAAAGUUCGUUGUUCAGAAUCUGCAUUUUCAGAACCAAGUUCCGUUUGCGAACAAAGAUCGAUAUGGUGGAGCGUUGUGUGGCGACCCGAGGUCGGGCAGCCCGGCAAGAGCUCGAGAGUCAGCAGCACGUGGCGAGUAACCACUUACCUCCUAAUGCCGAGGUAAGUACUUACAGAGAUAUUGACUUUGUUGCGCUCUCCUCUAUGAAUGUACAGUUCGUUGCCCUCGUGUGAUUGUCCAGGUCCGUGGUGCGCAGUUGUCCAGAUCUGAUCACAUUCAAUCGAAUUCGCUAAACACACACAGGUGCAAGACGAGGUGGCCCGUUUGCAGAGCCGAAUUGCGCAUUUGAAGAGCGCAAGGAAGGAAGUACAAAAGAAGGUGCAGUUUUCGUCCUCCGAGCAACGAAAGUCCGUUUCUCCGGCCGCAGGGACGCGUCAGCCCGGCGUGCGAAACAUCUUGAAGAAAAGCACUGCUCCGAACAAAGUGCUUGCGACGAGUCCAACGAAGCCCAGAAAUCAGGGCGGCAGAGCAGGAGACAGUUCCGAAGUGACAAAGAAGGACGCGACAACUGCAAGAGCUACUACAGUGCGAGACCUGCAGCAAAGCAACAAAGUCGUUUUGGAACCGAUUUCGUCUCCCGGCACGGGCGCCGUUCAAGGGCAACAAGGCUUGCUUGCGAAAAAACCAGCUACAUCAAGUAGUAGCACUAAUUUAGUUAUUGGUGCACGACUAGCACCUGCGACUACAGCGUCGGCUGCAAAGGAAUCUGGAGACCACCCUGCACCUUCUGCUUCCAAAGGGACCGUUGCCGCGGCGACGCCGUCAGGAGCAGCUUCCAUUGAAACGAAGACGGCGCAGCCGGGAAUACAGGAUAAAACGGAGAAAAAAGAAAACGACAUCGAGCCAAAGCCAACGUCGUCGCCUGUGCCCGGCGACAGAACCGAUGAGAGCGACGAGGAGGAAAUGGAGAACGGGGGAGCCACGGCGCAGCGAGCCGACCCCACCGAAGCGGAAGAGUCUGAGGAUGAGGACGACUUACGAAAGCGCAUCUACGGCGACGAUCUCGAGGAAGACGGAGAAGACGAGAAUGACGGCCUGUCUGAUGCCGACUCAGAACAAUCUGCGCCGCCAAAUAACGACGGUAAAGACCUCCACAAAGGUACUGCGGUGUCAAAGGCCUGCGCGUCGCAAACUCUCACUGCCGCGGAAGCGCUCGAAAAGCAGCGCGCAGUAACUGAGUUCAGGGAAAAAAUUAUCGCUGACACUGCUGCGAAAAAGAAGGAAAGAAGAGAGGCGGAUAAGAAAGAUGAACCAGGUGGCGCUUCAUCUUCCCUAGCUCUCGUGGCACCCGGAAGUAGAGGUGGACAAGAAGACACAAACACGAGAAGUCUCUUCUUCGGUGGCGCGGGUGCGACGCCGACGGCUACCGCACGGGAGAAGAGCAAAGCAUUUGCUUCGCUAACCAGCAGCGCAACUUCUUCCAGCAGCUCAUCCUCUGCAGCAGCCGCCGCAGCGAAGACGCUAAAGCUCCUGCCGGACGACGAAACACAGGAACAGAGCGUCUUGCUCGACCAGCACAGCCCGCGGACGCGGCUGCGUCCCCAGACCGCGCCGGGAAGCGUCGGUCAGUGCCUCAGUCGGCAAACGGUGGCGGGCUUCAUAGACGCCGUCGCCGCAGCGCGCAAGGCAGACCGAGAAAGUCGCACCGUAGAAGCUAUUGUGCUUUACGAGGAGGCCAUUCAUGCGGUCGAAGCGUUGCGAGCGGUGCCAGAAUUGAGGCUCGGCGCGGUUGGAAAGUCGUGUCUGGAAAGGGCAGAGGAGUGCGCGGAACGGCUACAAGAACUGCAAUCGUAUACUGAAUUGCCUGGCGUUCAAGUAUCUAACUUUGUGUGCGUCGUCAAUCUCUACGAAAUUUUUUUUGGAAAAAAAGUAGGCAAUCUCACGUAGUUUUUCAUCAUUUACUUGCUUCUCGCAGGUCCGUGCGGAAUGGUGGCUCGGAUGCGAAGACCGGCGAGCCAAAACUAGUACCGCUCAACUACGUACCGGAGUCGCGUCGACCGGGGACGGCGGGCGGGCCGGGGGGCGUGAUCACCCGCAUCAGUGCGGCCGAAGCGCAGCGCCGUGGUGUAAAGCCCCCUUCGACGCAGAAGCUGGGUGCCAAGUGCCCGCUCGACGUGCGCAUACGAAAAAUCAAUUGAUGGAAAAAUGUGAUUACGUUCUCCGCAGUCACGAUCGAUGAUAUGCGCAUACACUUUCACAAACUUCUUGGCAAUGGCUUUUGCAGCUACGGAAUGUUGAAUGUCUACUGUUUCCCUGAAAAAGCGACAGUCACAAUACAUGAAACUACUCAACAAAAAUGCUC